GGGCUGCAAGUCGGGGCAAUCGUUGUGGUGGUUGUCUUCAACAAGCUUAUGCAGAUCUCGACGCAGUACCUUGCUAGGUUCGAACGGCACCACACAGUCGCUCAGCAAGAGACGUCCAUCGCUAACGCCGUCUUCUAUGGUCAGUUCCUCAACACAGCCCUGGUCUCCCUCGUGGUCAACGCCAAGUUCAACUUCGUCAAGGAUUCGCUGCCCAGCGACGUCCGAUCCUGGUUCCCCCUGUUCUCAGGCUCCUACUCCGACUUCGAGAUCAGCUGGUUCGACGUGGUGGGCACGCAGCUGCUCGUUACCAUCAUCGUCAACAUUGUCCUGCCCUCCGUCCCGCUCGCCACGUCCAUCAUCAACAAGUGGCUUGCGCCGUGCUUCUCCAUCCCGAUUCUUCAGAGGGACCUGCACCAGAGGUACCUCCAGGACGAGUUCCUCCUCUCCCCGAGGUACGGUAUGCUCCUCAACGUGCUCUUCUGCUGUUACAUGUACUCCGCCGGCAUCCCCAUCCUCUACCUUGUCGGCACUCUCUUCUUCCUAGCAGCCAUGUACCUGGACAGGAUCCAGCUCCUGCGGUACUCCAAGAAUCCUCCUCAGUUCGACGAGACCCUUGCUCUCAACUUCCUCAGCGCGCUCAGAUACGCCGUCCUCCUUCACCUCUGCUUCGGUUGUUGGAUUUUCAGCGCCACCAACAUGUUUCCUCGACCCUCAAUCUUCUCAAGCAGCAGUAUCAGUGGAAUUUCAAGCCAGAAUCAGACUUCCUCCUUCGAAGACAGACUUCUGAAUCGCAUGCUCAUCGCCUACACUUGCUUCACCGUCCUCAUGAUCGUCCUCACGGUCCUCGAGCACACUCCCGCCCGCCCUGUCCUCCAGCUGCUCUGGAACAACGUAAUCGCCUUCCUCCUCCUCCUCUUCAACAGCAUCAGUUCCCUCAUCUGCCGCUCUCCUUCGAGCGGGCAAGACCCCGAGAAGGGAGAGGACGGGGAUCGGCAGGACCCGCCGUACCUUGAAGCGCUGCUGGGGCGUCACUUUGGGAAUUUCCCUUCGAGCUACAACUUGAAGAAGAUCAGUGAGUACGAGGAGGUUCUCAACGAAGAUUCUGGCCUAGUUGACAGCAUCCUUCCUGCUGCGUGGGUGGAUCCCAAGGUACAGGAUGCCAUGAAGAGACUGGAGCAGGACAAGCGAGACGCCGUAGACACACUGUAAGUAAAGCCCCCCUCUCAGUCGUCGUCCAGGUUGGAUACUAUAGAAACCGAUUCAUCCC